ACCCAGAUAUGCCUAGUGACCUAUAUUUAGGACACUUGUAGUGUUCUCCAUAAAGCUUACUUCUGAAGUAGUUUCAGCUUUUUCCAACAGGUGGCAGGGUGGUUGCUGUCUUCAGUAAGAGCUACUGAAUGCAUCUGAGCAACAAUCAAGUGAAUGCUUCAACUAGUUUGUUUCUUUAGACUAGUUUACAAAUUUAGGAUUUCCAAUCAACUUCAUGAGCUCUGCGCCAUGUGCGAAAAGAACUUGAACCUUCAUGAAAUUUUGACGAUGCUAGAAGAUGAAGAGAUCCAAGUGCCACCUGAUGAAGAAAUUGGCGUAUAUAUUCAGCCACCAAUCAAUGCAAAUGAUGAUGUCACUGAUGAGGAUUCUGGGGAUGAGGACAUGACUUCAAUCCAUCAUCUUCCAGGAAACCAACUAUUGGCCCCGGCUGAAGUUUCCCAAGAAUUUGAACUGAGUGACAACAAAGAUGAAGAGGAUCCUUCUUUAUCACAACCAACCUUACCCUCUAGUUCAGCGAAGAUGGACAUAGCACAGCCACCAAAUAAAAAAGUAAGACGAAUUCAGAAUUUCACUGAAGAGAAACCAGCAAAAAAGGUUAGUAAGCCAUUCACUAAAAAGCAGUACAAAUGGGUCAAAGAGGACCUAAAACUAGAUGAUACUAUUUGGAGUAAUAGACAGGAAGUACAACAAAAAUUAACACCAAUGGAACAGUUUUUCUGUAUUUUCGAUGAUGAUAUUGUAGAUUUAUUAGUUGAGAAAACAAAUCGUUAUGCGGCAUUACAUAACCGUUUAGGUGAUGUAACUGUCGAUGAAAUGAAAUGUUUCAUAGGAGUAUUGUUGUUGAGUGGUUAUGUUCCAUUACCUCGAAGACGAAUGUUUUGGGAAACAGCUUUGGACACUCGCAAUGAAUUAGUUGUAAAUGCAAUUUCUAGAGACAGAUUUGAGUUUAUUAUGUCAAAUUUGCAUGUUUGUGAUAAUGACAACCUCAAUGCUGAUGACAAGUAUGCAAAAGUACGUCCAUUGUUUGAUGCAUUGAACAAAACAUUUUUUGAUUACGCACCACAUGAGGAACACCACUCAGUUGAUGAGUCUAUGGUCCCAUAUUUUGGGAGGCAUGGUUUGAAACAAUUCAUCAGAAACAAACCUAUUCGCUAUGGUUACAAAAUUUGGGUUGGUGCUACACCCAAUGGCUAUGUAGUUUGGAAAGACCCCUACCAAGGGAGCAGCCACACCUUGGACCCUCAGUAUGAACACUUGGGCCUUGGUGCCAGUGUUGUUUUGCAGUACUGUGAUGUUCUGAAGAAGAAUGGUGAUUUCCCGUACUUCUUGUAUUUUGAUAAUUUUUUUUCUGGUCUACCUUUGUUUGAGAAACUGUCCCAAAAGAAUAUAAGAGCUAUUGGUACGGUGAGAGAGAACAGAAUAGCAAAGUGCCCACUGACUGAUAGUAAAGAUUUGAAAAAGAAAGAAAGGGGAACUUUUGAAUACGAAAAAGUAUGUGAUGAAAAUUUAAUUAUUGCAAGAUGGAAUGACAACAGUAUUGUCACUGUUGUUUCAAAUGCUGUUGGUGUACAACCCAUACAUCAGGUAAAACGCUUUUCACUUAAAGCCAAGAAACAUGCUUUCAUCCCUCAACCAAACCUCAUACACCAGUACAACAAAAAAAUGGGCGGAGUGGACCGGUGCGAUCAAAAUAUGAGCCUGUACCGAAUCCAAAUCAGAGGUAAGAAGUGGUAUUUCCCUCUGAUCUGUGACUGCAUUGACAGUGCAGAACAAAAUGCCUGGCAACUUCACCGCCAUGCGGGAGGGAACCUUGACCACUUGUCUUUCAGACGCAGACUUGCCUGUAACCUGCUAGAAACAUUUGGUAAAGGGUGCGCGUCAAAGGCUGGACGGCCAUCGAAACAAUCAAAAGUGGACUCCAGGUUUGACAGAUUGGACCACCUUGUUGUUCCUCAGGAAAAGCAAACGAGAUGUGGGCAUUGCCAUGCCAAGUGCACUACCAGAUGCCAAAAGUGUGAUGUUGGUCUUCAUACUAAAUGUUUUAUUGAUUACCACACAAAGCCAUAAACUACAAAUGCACUUACUAAAAAUUUUAUUUAAGCUUGUUUUAUAUAUCUUUGUUAAAAACACAGUUGAAUUAAGUACAUAAAACAUAUAUAUCCAAUGUAAAUGUAACCCUUCUAAAAAUAAAAAGCAUUUUUGGAAUAUUUUAGCAUUUCACUCAUAUUUUCCUACUGUCCUAUAUAUAGGCCACCCAUUAUUUACUAAACGACGAUGAAAUUUUUUACAAUUAUUGUUAAAAUGUGUUGAAGAAUACAUUUAUAGUAUAAAAAAACUGUAGAAUUAAAAAAAAUUAAAAAAAAAUAAUUCAGGCAUA